CCCGGUAGAACGCCGAGCACAUCAACAUUCUACUUCCUCUCUGUGAGCGCCCGGCGCUCAUGGUGACGUCACCAGACAGAGCUCGCCCCUCCGGCUGCGGCUCCAAUCACACACUCGCUGGGAGAGGAUGGGGUUGUCAGAGGCCAGGAGCUGGCCAGACUUCCCGGGCUGGGAACUGUACUGACUGACAACAUGACAGCACGCAGAAGAAUUGAAUAUGGGGUUUGAAAUCCCGCUUUCUCUUUGGUGGUACCAAGAACCUCCAAAAUAAUCCUGAAGCACAUGUUGAAGAGUGCAUUGAGGACCCUGGCCAGUUUGUCCAAAUAGACCAGUGAUCUCAUAGAUGCUAUGGAGGAAGAAGUCAUAGAAUGGCUUGCUGCCUCAGUACAUCGACUAGUUUCCUGGGGUGCUUCGACCGCCAUGAUCUUUGGAGGGGUUGUGCCUUAUAUCCCCCAAUACAGAGACAUUAGACGAACACAGAACGCUGAAGGAUUCUCCACUUAUGUCUGUCUUAUGCUUUUGGUUGCAAAUAUUCUACGAAUACUCUUCUGGUUUGGGCGCCAUUUUGAAUCACCACUUUUGUGGCAGAGUAUAAUUAUGAUUGUUACAAUGCUGCUUAUGUUGAAACUAUGUACAGAGGUUCGUGUGGCAAGUGAUAUAAACACAAAGCGACGGUCAUUCUCAGCUUCAGAUAGUAAGGAUGAAGAUCUCAAAACUCAUCCCAAGAGAUGCUUUCUGGAUUUUGACGUGACCUUCUUUUGGCACUGGAGCAGAUUCUUGGAUUACAUCCAGUGUGUGCUGGCUUUCACUGGUGUGACUGGAUACCUUACCUAUCUGUUCCUGGACUCUGUGCUCUAUGUAGAGACAUUAGGAUUCCUGGCAGUGUUUACAGAAGCCAUGCUUGGAGUACCUCAGCUUUACAGAAAUUACCAAAACAACUCCACCGAAGGAAUGAGCAUCAAAAUGGUAUUGAUGUGGACAAGUGGAGAUACGUUCAAGACUGUAUAUUUUGUACUGAAUCAAGCCCCUUUCCAGUUCACAAUCUGCGGCCUACUUCAGGUGUUUGUGGACAUCACCAUCCUGCUGCAGGUGUACCUGUACAGCCGCUACCCUCAGAAGCCACUUCCUCACCCCAUACAUGCUAGCAGUGCCAAAGUUCUGUGACGAGAAAAAAAAAAGAACUGUUUUACUGUGUGCUUCCUGGUCAUUGAACUGCACCUUCUACAGCUUCCAUGGUAUACAUACCACCAGGGACAUGUGAAGUCCACCAAUAUAUUCUGUUUUUCUUUUUUUUCUUUGUAUGUUUGUUUUCCCCAGAGAAUUGAGGUAUUGAUGCUACAGUCACUCUUUACAGGUUUGUGCAUGUAUUUCUAUAAGUAAAUGUGUAAAUCAUUGUACAGCAUGUAUUUAUGUAUUUGCAAUGAGUAUGUGUGUUGGUGUAUACACACACACACCAACAGACAUGCAGAGAUUGACCGCAUUAUAGAGAAUUUAGGAUCCUGGAUUAUUUAUUUUUUCUUUCUAAUAUAUCCUGUUUGAUAUGCUGACCACCAACAAACUACCAAUGACUACCCAUUGCAUGCAACUAUACGACACUAUACAAUAUCACAGCAUGUUAAGCAAACUGAGGUCAGUUUCAUUUGGACACAAUCUACUUAUCACUAAAAUGUUUUGUUUAAAAAAAAAAAAAAAAAUUGUUUGCCAAUCCAAUUUGUAUGUAUAUGGAUACAUCCAGAAUAUCUCCAAACAAACUCAUAUGCAUAUACAUACAUACAUACACACACACACGUAACCUGUAGCAGAAAAAGUUUGGUACGUUGUAAUAGAUAAUCACCUCUAGCUGCUUUGUAUAAAAAGAUUAUUCAGUGCCAGAACAACACAAAGCAGUGAGUUCCAUCCCAGUCCUCUAGAAACACCACCAGUCCAAGAUCUUGGUAUUUCACCGUUAUGUUCUUUUGGGGACGCUGCCAAUACUUGCGCCAUUGGUUUGCCUGAGGACGGGAUUGAAGAAAAACUGCUAUAGAGGAAUGUCUUGUGUAUCCAUAUCUUUGGUUCAGAACACCAUUUCUCACUAGCUGAAAUUAAAUACACGUAUCUCUUUCCAUUAUAGAUUAGCGCACAUUUUCAUUGACACGCAUCUGCACGGCAAUGGUGAUUACCUCUUCUGUGUCACUGCAUUAGCUGCACUUUAUCAGUAUUACUUAUAAUGAGCAAAGCUUUGCAGUUUAGUUCUUAAUUAUUAGUCUGUUUUCUACAUCUAGGACCUACGACUUUUUGUUCCAUUUUUAUACCUCAUCGAUAAAGAUGGAGGAGUGUUUCCUGGUAGAAAUUAUUAUAGAGGCCUUACAUUGAUUUUGUGCUAUUUUUCAUGAAUAUGAAGUAUUUAUGUCCUAUUGCAUUGUUAUUAGUGUUUUGAAUUCUUCAUCAAAGUCUGUGAAAGGAAAUUAGCAAAAGGAGCCUGUGUGGUACUUUAAUGGUUUAUUGCAGGGUUAGUAUAUUGUAACAUUUCAGCUGAUAUUAGACUAUACUGCCAGGUGAUUUCGAUCGAGCUUUUAGUCUAUACAUCAAUUGCUUAUAUUCUAAACCACAUCACUGUAUUGUAAAUACAUUGACAUCAUUUUGCAUUUAAAUCAACUACGUAUGCAAUUAAAUAUAUAGCUUGUACAUGUUUACACAUGACUGUGUGCAGUAUUCUUUAAUACCAGGUAAAGGCACCUAGAUUAUAUUCUUAUUAUAAAUACAUUAAAAAAAAAAAAAAAAAGCUUUAGCUAAUGACAAGGCACAACACCACUGUCCCUACAAAUAAAUGAUAAAUAGCUUUAAUUUGGUACUGUUGGCAGCUGCAGUGGUAAGCUUACAUGAAUAUACCUCUGAAUAUUAGCUAUAUAACAGCAGGUUUAUCUGAGCUGUUAUCAGCUCUGUAGUUUGUCCCCGAUUUUCCACAGUGAAAAGAGCCAAACAAUCUGCCAAAACAAUGGCAAUUUAUGAAGUAAUAUAUCAGCCCACGGAUUUAUAACUGUCAAUUUAAUAUUGGAACUCUGCGCUUAA